CUGUAACAAUACCCCUCUAGCUCUGGACCCCUGCUCUGCCUACAUCAGCUUAAACGAACCCUGGAGGAACUCAGACUUCCACGUCAACCAGUCGUCCAGCGUGCCUCUGUGUGACAGCCACAUGUCUGGGGAGUGGUACCGUUUCACUGGCAUGGCCGGGGAUGCCAUGCCUACCUUCUGCGUCUCAGAGUACCACUGCGGCACCCAUGCCCCCAUUUGGCUGAAUGGCAGCCACCCACAGCUCAAUGAAGGGGUUGUCACACUGCCUGUCUGCGCCAGCUUCAACAACAACUGCUGCCAGUGGAACGCCAGCGUAGAUGUGAAGGCCUGUCCUGGAGGAUACUUUGUCUACCGCCUACCCAGGCCCUCUGUCUGCUUCCACGUUUACUGUGGCCAUUUCUAUGAUAUCUGUGAUGAGGUGGACUGCAGAGGUCCAGGAUGUUCAGAUCCUGAGUGUCGCUGUGUGCCUGGAACUGUCCUGGGACCAGAUGGACAGACAUGCCUGGAUGUAAAUGAAUGUGAGAAGGACAACGGUGGGUGUGCAGAGCUAUGUGUAAACACCAAGGGUUCCAGGCGUUGUGAGUGUGAGCGGGGCCGGGUGCUGGAUAAGGACGGACUGAACUGCAAAGAGAUUGCAGGCUGUCACGUCAACAAUGGAGGAUGCAGCCAUGACUGCUUCCAGGUGCUGGACUCCUUUCAGUGUGGCUGUCCCCGAGGGCUGGAGUUGGGGGAAGAUAAGAGCACAUGUCAAGUGCCAGUGCGGUGUGAUCCCAGCUCAAUUACUGUGUCAGUUCCAAAAGACCUUGUUGGAGGACUAGAGCUUUCUCUGUCCAACUCGUCUUGCCGAGGAGUCUCCAAUGGUACCCACAUCAACCUGAGUUUCAGCCUGAAGACCUGCGGCACGGUGGUUAAGGUGAUCGAGGACAAGAUAAUUGGGACCAACCUGGUGACUGGGCUCCCUAAAAGCAGCCCCGGCAGCAGUAGGGACUUAAUAGUCCGGACCAGCAAGUUACUGCUACCAGUGACAUGUGAGUUCCCCAGAGAGUACCAGGUGUCUGAUGGGUACCAGGCAGCUGUGCAGGGCUCAGCCUUGGAGCUAGAGAGCCACAGUGAGGGGGUGUUUGGGUUCAACUUGGAGCUGUUCAAGAACUCUGAGUUCUCAGAGCCCUACCGCAGCCCGCCUCAGCUCCACCUGCACGACUCGCUGUUCUUCGGGGUGGAACCAAAAGAAAGAGUGGAAGGCCUCUCUGUCCUGGUUGAGAGCUGUUUCGCUACUCCGGGGCCCAAAGCCGACCAGGCCCUGAAAUAUUACCUCAUCAAAGACGGAUGCAUCUCUGACAAAACAGUGACACAAUAUUCAUCAAAGGACCAGCUCUCCAAGCAUUACCAGGUCCCUGUCUUCAAAUUCAUUGGCAAGAACAACCGGCAGGUGUUCCUUCACUGCCGGGUGUUGGUGUGCGGGGUGGGAGACACCCGCUGCGCCCAGAUCUGUCUUGGACGUGUACGUCGGGAGAUUUGGAAAAGAGAUGAUCAAGAAAAGCAAACAUUGAACACAGGACCUAUCUACAUCCUGCCUUAAGUCUAAAAAAAAGGAAUAGGACCCGCUCCUGUCAGGAUAUAAAUCAUACUUGCAAAUGAGGUGACCUUUCCGUUUAUUUAGAAGAUAAAACACCAAAUACAUUCAGACAUACAGUACAUUGCACUGUCCCAUAAACAUACAUAAAUACACAUACUCACAGAAUACACAUAUUCAUUCCAAUAUGUCUUCCAGCUAUACUACUGACAUUAUAAUGAUUGACAUUCCCAUUACAAACAUGAAGGCUGAGCUCACAGUGUGGCAGAUGUUUUAUUAGGGUGUCUCCUUUUUAUUUUCUAUGGCUUGAUUGCAGCUUUGAGACUCAGAUCUGUAUAAAUUUUAUACCAUCAUCGACUUAGAAAACACAUG